CGGUAUUUCUCAUUUUCUUCUAUUCAACUUCCUUUAAUUUUUGGUUUUGUUUUGGGUUAGUCUGAUUCGCGGCAGUUCUUAUGCUUUGAUUUGUGUGCCCUGGUGCAUUAUAUAAAGGAUUCAUGAUCUCAGUGGCAUUGUGUAUACCAAUUUGCUUUAGCUUUUUCGUCAUGUCGAUGAAAUAGUAAUUUAAAGAUUUGGUUUGAUAAAGUUCUACUUCUUAGUACGAAAGAUGAUCCAUAACAUUGUCGAUAAGUUUGAUAUAGCUUCUAUGAAAGUAACUUUCAAAUAGAUUAAAAGUAAUUUGUGAUGUGUAUAGUUCGAAUGACAAAUCUAAUUAGCUUGUUGCAUGAACGAAAUUAGUUGUUAUGUUGGUGACAACUGAUGGCACUUUUUGAGGCAGAUUCAUUUACGAGACCUGCUGCUGGCUCUCCUAGGGGAUCUGAUGAAUCACAAGGAGGUGGUUGGCUUCAUAAAUUCACUGUUGCUGCAUAUAAGCCGUACUUUGAUGUUGAUACUUCAGAUGUUUUGGAUAGACUUAAGGAGUCACUCUAUCCAUUUAAAGGAACAUUUACAGAGAAAACAGCUACCAAUCCAGAUUUAUAUGGACCAUUCUGGAUCUGCACCACUCUUAUAUUUGUAGCAGCGUCUAUUGGGACUUUUGUGACCUAUAUAGCACACAAGCUUCGGGACAAAGAAUGGAAUUAUGACAUAAAUCUGAUUACAUGGUCUGCUGGUGUGUUCUAUGGAUAUGUCACCAUGGUUCCUCUCGUCUUGUUUGUUAUUCUCAAGUACUUCUCAGCACCAUCAGGCCUUGUACAAUUGUUUUGCCUAUAUGGAUACUCCUUAUUUAUCUUUAUUCCAGCUAUGUGUCUAUCUGUUGUCCCCUUGGAAAUUUUCAGAUGGGUAAUUGCAGGUGUAGCCGGGUUUAUGUCGGCAACUUUUGUUGCGCCUAAUCUCAAAGCUCACAUUACUUCGGCCGGAGAAAGUUGGUUCUUGAUCGUUGCUGGUGUCUUUCUCUUGCAGCUGGCCAUUGCUGUUGUGCUCAAGCUCUAUCUGUUCACCGUUUCGGUAUAAGAGGAAACUGUCGUAAUCGGGUUAGUUGUAGAUUACAGAGAAAGCGAAUUUUGAUCCUUCGGCUGUUAAUCGGCUGAAAUAUUAUUCUUGAUCAGGUAAAACAUCAUGUAUUCAUUCAUUUUUAGUGCUGUGGGAAUAUAUAUUACAAGCGACUGUUCCAAUGUAAUAGCAUUUCUUCA